AAUAAAGUUACAUCAAAGACAAAAUGGUUCAUUAUUUGAUUCACCAGCCACUACUGCAGCUGCCUUGAUUUAUCAUCAACAUGAUCAAAAAUGCUAUGAAUACCUUAAUUCAAUCUUGCAACAACACAAAAAUUGGGUUCCCACUAUGUAUCCAACAAAGAUACAUUCAUUGCUUUGCUUGGUUGAUACACUUCAAAAUCUUGGAGUACAUCGGCAUUUUAAAUCAGAAAUAAAGAAACUUCUAGAUGAAAUAUACAGGCUAUGGCAACAAAAGAAUGAAGAAAUUUUCUCAAAUGUCACCCAUUGUGCCAUGGCUUUUCGACUUCUAAGGAUGAGCAACUAUGAUGUCUCCUCAGAUGAACUAGCAGAAUUUGUGGUUGAAGAACAUUUCUUUGCAACAAGUGGGAAAUAUACAAGUCAUGUUGAAAUUCUUGAACUCCACAAAGCAUCACAAUUGGCUAUUGAUCAUGAGAAAGAUGACAUUUUGGAUAAAAUUAACAAUUGGACAAGAACUUUUAUGGAGCAAAAACUCUUAAACAAUGGCUUCAUCGAUAGGAUGUCAAAAAAAGAGGUGGAACUUGCUUUGAGGAAGUUUUAUACCACAUAUGAUCGAGCAGAAAUUAGGAGGUAUAUCAAGUCAUACGAAGAGAACAAUUUUAAAAUCUUAAAAGCAGCUUAUAGGCCACCCAACAUUAACAAUAAGGACUUGUUAAUAUUUUCAAUACACGACUUUGACUUAUGCCAAGCUCAACACCGAGAAGAACUUCAACAACUCAAGAGGUGGGAUGACUAUGCAAGUGUAGGUUAUAAUUCUGAGAGGGUUAAAGUUUUUUUUUCUGUUUUCUAUAAAUCAAUAGAGGAGCUUGCAACAGUUGCUGAAAUUAAACAAGGCCGAUCUGUCAAAAAUCAUCUUAUUAAUUUGUGGCUUGAAGUGAUGAAGUGCAUGUUGAUUGAACGACUAGAGUGGUGGACAAGCAAGGCAAUGCCAAGCAUAGAAGAAGAGAACAAGAGGAGAGCUCAAUGA